CCCUUUAGAUUCAGUGCGAUCUGCUGUUUCAAACGAUCGACAUUUACGCUUUUCGCAAUCAUCAAAACAUGAUGAGAUAUCUUGCAUUUUUGCUUUUAGUCAGCCUUGCAAUGGUGCAUGCAAACUUCUUCCGUAAUGAUUACAGAAGAGAAGGUCGGCUUGCAGCUCUACGAUCUUACCAAGAUUAUGACAUGGAGAAGAGGGGUGCCAAUAAUUGCAUGUACACAGAAGGAAAAUGCAGUGGAUGGUAUUCAUACGGUUGCAGAACGGGAGCUUGUUGGCGUCAAUGUUGGUCGGGAGCACGCACGUGGUGUUACCAAAAAAACGGGAAAGGCGUAAAAAAGGAAUGCAGCACUGAUGACCACUGUAAGAUAUCAGACACUCAAGGAGCACAAGAUACAUGUGUUCUUUUCUGGAACAUUCCAGUUUGUAACGAAGGAGCGCCAUGAUCAAAUGAAUAGAUGGAAAUUGAAGCAUUCAACGCACAGACACUUUUUUUAAUACUUUCACGCCCGCUUGUAUUGAAGAUAAAAUAACACUCUGAAA